GAACUGUGCCUACUUGCUUGCGGUGAGGGUUUAACUAGGGUUCUUGUCGAGCACUAAGAAACAGAGUCAAUAAUCAAUUCGGAAGAGAAGAAGGUGAAUGAAUUCCAUGUUGAGAAACAAGGCGGUGGCCGAGAUGUCGCUGAGAUAUCUCCGCCAGUCGACUUCGGCGCUGUCGAAUUACCAUCUUCACUAUGCCGGUCUUUCUUCUCCUAUAUUCACCACUCAGAUCCGCCAUCUUCGAACCGGUCGGGAUCCCACCAUCAGCUAUGAGAUUAAGCCUCCGGCGAAUUGGGGAAUCCGGAUAGUGCCGGAGAAAAAAGCCUAUGUGAUUGAACGAUUCGGAAAAUACGUUAAGACUCUCCCUUCCGGAAUCCAUUUCUUGAUCCCUUUGGUCGACCGCAUUGCCUAUGUUCAUUCUUUGAAGGAGGAGGCUAUUCCCAUCCCCGACCAGUCGGCUAUCACCAAAGAUAACGUCAGCAUAUUAAUCGAUGGUGUUCUUUAUGUUAAGAUUGUCGACCCUAAACUCGCCUCUUAUGGUGUUGAGAAUCCCAUUUAUGCUGUUAUUCAGCUUGCCCAGACCACUAUGCGUAGUGAGCUUGGUAAGAUUACCCUUGACAAGACCUUCGAAGAAAGAGAUACCCUCAAUGAGAAGAUAGUGGAGUCCAUUAAUGUUGCUGCAAAAGACUGGGGUCUCCAGUGCCUUCGCUACGAAAUAAGGGAUAUAUCUCCACCUCGUGGAGUGAGGGCAGCUAUGGAGAUGCAAGCAGAAGCAGAACGUAAGAAGAGAGCUCAAGUUCUUGAGUCUGAAGGAGUAAGACAGGCUAACAUAAAUAUUGCUGACGGUAAGAAAAGUUCGGUCAUCUUAGCAUCAGAGGCUGCAAAGAUGGAUCAAGUGAACAGAGCGCAAGGUGAGGCGGAAGCCAUUGUUGCUAAAGCACAAGCAACAGCAGGAGGACUUAUCAUGGUGUCAAAGGCCCUGAAAGAAAGUGGGGGUGUAGAGGCAGCUAGUCUAAGGAUUGCCGAGCAAUACAUUCAAGCUUUCAGUAAGAUUGCCAAGGAGGGCACUACCAUGUUGCUUCCCACUGCUGCUGCCAAUCCUGCCAACAUGAUGGCACAAGCUCUCACCAUGUACAAAAGCUUGAUAGGCAAUGUUUCAAAGGAUACUAUCCCAACAAAUUCGUCUCAGGGAGGCCCAAAGGAUACCAAUCACACCACAGAACCUACAGAAGUGAGUCAGCCAAGUCCGACAAUUGAAGAUGCAGGUCAUCCUAGUGAACCUGUGUUUUCACUUCAGAGGCCGAAGAAUGAAUAAACUAGAUUCCAGCAAUACAUCAUCUGACAUAAACAAACUGUGCUAGCAUUGUGUUGCUGUGCUCAAUGCUUUCAUUGUUGGUAUAAGAUUCUGAUUUCUUCUAAACGGGGAAGGGCAAAAAUUAUUGUGGAUGGUACAAUUGAUAGAAAAUGUUAUUUUCGUUUGCCUUCGCAGUUUGGAACUUGUCUUGUCAAGGGCAUUCAGAAUAUAGGCUUUGGUAAGGAUGAAGAAGGGAUUCAAACUUUCCAUUUACCUUUUUCA